GCUGCGGGAUUGACGUUUACAUGUACACCAGACGUAUGCAUGGAUGCAGCCAUGUAGCAUUGAUACGAAGUACAUAGGUAGGAUGCGUGCAUGCAUGCGUGUAAGCCGAAUUCAGCAUGGCAUUGAGAAAUGCUCUUCAACCUAUGAUGAUUGAGGUUCCUCCGUCCACAGCAUCCAUGACAUUGACGGUGCCCCUCAGCCUUGUCGUGUGUUGUCUCCGACCCUGUCUGUUGGCACUUGGACCCCAUCUGACAUCCAUCCAACCUACCACCCACCCAGUUCGCUGCUACACCUCUGACUUCUCGACUCGACCCGGCUCCACCUCCCAUUCCCAAUCCCCUCCGCUCGACACCCUCGUUCCUCGACCGUCCCUUUGACCGUGCCAUGUCUCUCGCCAUAUCCGCGUACAUGUCCUGUUAAUCCACGCCAGCGCAAUGCCGUUACGGCCGCUCCGACCCAACCGCAGCGAGAAAGACCUCCAGCGCCGCAACAGCACCCUGGACCCAACCACUCUCUUCAGGCGGUCCAAAAACAAGUCGGCCGAGCAUUUGACCCCCGACCGCACCCGCGUUGCUGUAUCUCACGAUGGUGGCCGCCCGCCGUCAAGGGACCUGGUCCCCCAAGUCUCCUGGCCUGAUAGCGUCGAUACCAAUGACGAGAACCGCCCGCCUUCGCCGCCGGUGCAGCAGCACACUCCCAUGACCCGUCGCUUCAGCCUGAUGCGCUUCCGUCAUGCCUCCGAUUCUCAGCUCUCCGUUAAGGCAAAAGAGCAAGCCGCCGACGCUCCGCCUGUCCCCGCCGUCCCCCCAACCGCUGCCACCCCUGCCAUAAUUACCACCGCUCCGACAAUGCCCAUGCCCGCCGAGCCCGACGAGGGUGCGCCGAAACGAAAAGGUCGCCUGCAGCAGUUCAGUUUACGCAGGCGCUCUUUCGAUCCCAACUCUAUGGAAAGACCCGGUAUUCUGCGCAAGUCGAUGGACAAAAAGAGCAGCUCCGACCUGAAGCGACCCGCGUUUGGCUUCCUGAAAAACCAGACCACUUUCCUCGACAGUCCAGAGCAACAGCGUUCCACUCGCCCCGAAACCCUCACCGAAUCCCCCCACGAGAGUACAGAGGACACCUCCAACCUGGCUUUGCCCGUACCUCGUGCUUCUGAUUCCUCUCGUUCCGACGGCACCCACGUCUCUUUCGAACACACCCCCAAGCCGUAUCUCAGCCCCAAGGAGAAGCCUUCCAAGGGCUCCGGUCGCUUCGGUUUUGGGCGCAAGAAACAGCGCGCAUCCUUAUUUCCUCUCCCUGUAAAGAUUGACCCUCCUGCAUUUCCUGACACCGCCCCCACCACCCCCCGAGCUUCAACGAGCGGUAUUAGCAACGUCAGUACCCACUCAGCUCGUCAUUCCCCUACUGCCGAAAGCCCUCCCUUAACCGCCAUCAACCAUAACCGUUUGAGAGACUAUGAAGAUGGCUCCAAAACACCCGAGAUGCCAUCACCUUCGCAAGUGGCUUUGACCGCUACUUCUAUGAAUAUGACCUCACCUGCUGCAGGUUCUCUAUUCCGCAACGAUUCCACCAAGUCCAUUCAUUCUGCCCGGUCUUCUCCACACACCAGCGCUCCCGUGCGUCUUGGCCUACGGGGCCGAUCGUCCACCAUGGGAUCUCUAGGUGGCCAAUCCGAUGAUGUGCCUCCGCCAACGCCGCCAUAUGCCGCCAGUGGAAGGAACUCGACGUCAACGGCAGGGAGGAGUAGUCUUAGUAACAUGUUUGGCAUGAGCAGAUUCCGCACUCCGGGUUUGUCGUCCCACCAGAACUCGUUGAACAUCAGCCGCGAAGUGCUGGUGAUGCCGGAGAGAGAGGAUGGCGAACCCCCCGGUCACUAUCUUGAGCGCAUCGAGGAGAACAAUGUAGACAAGAGUGCCAUUGCUAGCUAUCUCACCAAGACAGAUGAUCCAUUCCUGCUUGCAGUGCUAAGAAGCUACAUGCGCAAGUUUACUUUCUUUGGCGACCCGCUGGACAUGGCGACUCGGAAGUUACUCAUGCAGGUGGAACUGCCCAAAGAGACCCAACAGAUUGAUCGUGUCUUGCAGGGUUUUGCGGAUCGAUAUCAUGAGUGCAAUCCGGGUAUAUACAUCAACCCAGACAAAGCCUACUUCAUCGCUUUUUCCAUUGUUAUAUUGCACACCGAUUUUUUCAACAGGAACAACAAGCGCAAGAUGCAACGAGCUGAUUACAUCAAAAACUCGUCCUGCGAAGGCGUUUCGGAAGAUGUCCUUGGUUGUUUUUAUGACAAUGUCGUCUACACCCCGUUCAUUCACAUUGAAGAUGAAGUUGAUCUGAAAAGUCUUUCUUCCAAACGUACCAAGCGAACUGCAGUCCUAAAGGGCCCAAUGGGUGAUCCGACAAGAAAGGUCAGCCGUGAACCUAUCGAUCCGUAUACCCUUAUCCUGGAGGGCAAACUCGAUAUCCUCCGGCCCAAUAUCAAGGAUGUGAUGAACCUCGAUGAUCCGUAUAGUUACCUCGGUACCGUGCCCACGUUGGACACGAAAAAUUUGUGGAAAUCCUUCUCUAGAUACGGUAUCAUCCAAAUUGUUUCCUCUCGUUCACGCCCUGAAGCGUUCAUGUCGCAGGACGCCCAGGACAACCCCCAAGAGACCUCUGUCGGUAUAGUCGAGAUGCCCGUUACGAAAGUGGGGAUCUUGUGGAGGAAAAAUGUGAAAAGAAAAAAGACUCGAUCGCCAUGGCAAGGAUGGGGGGCCAUUCUUACCCGGUCUGGGCUGUCGCUUUUCCGGAACUCGAGUUGGGCAGAGGCUCUGAUGAAACAGCAUGACAAUCAUCAUGAACAUGGAGAUACCAGUCCAGUUCACUUCCAACCCCCGCUCCAGGAUUUCAAACAGGAUCACAUAAUCCCUAUGGAUGGUGCCGUGGCUCUCGUGGAUAGCACUUACAAGAAGCACAAGAAUGCCUUCGUCAUAUUCUCUAAAGUCGGCGAGGAGACGUUCCUGGCUGAUAAUGAAAAAGACUUGAAUGACUGGCUGGCUAUGAUCAACUACUCUGCAACCUUUGAAACUUUGGGUGUGAGGCCCCGGGGUUUGCAGGGGAACUUGUACGAGGGCCAGCGCAAUCGUGCGAUUCGUAGAGGUGAUUCGUCGCAUUCAGCUACGACCAUCGCAACGCCAACUGGUGAUGUAACUCACCAAAGCGGGAGUAUUGAUAAGGAAUACCAAAGACAAAUGCGAACAGCUCGACGGGAGAUGAUGCAGCAGCGAAUAACCGAAUCUGAAGAAAAGCUCACCGAGUCCAUCAGACAGCUUGAGACCCGUCUGAGGGAUGCACGACAUCUGCAAAUCUUGGCACCCAUUCAACCGAAGACCCGCGAGUUGGUCAUACACGGAGCAGGUCGCCUGUCGGCGAAGCUGAAGUGGGCGCGCAUUGAGAUAUGGCGUAUGAAGUGUCAUCGAGACAUUAUGGCGCAAGUCUUGGAAGACGAAAGACAAGGCAAUUCGGAAGGCCACAGUAGAACAGAGCGGGCUGCAUCGACCUCUCAGCCACAACAAUCACAGCAGCAACUUUCCAAACCGGUCAAAGUCAAUGGUCUAGCCCGUUUGAGCUCAAAAGCGAGUUCGCUUUCGAAUGCCAUGAAACCGCCACCGUCCCCGGCCACCUCUUCCGCCCGGCCAGGAACAAAGUCGUCACAGAGAUCAGAGUUGGACGAAGAUGCUUUCAAGACUCCGCCUGAGAUGUCCCGACAAUCCAGCCCACAUAUACCAUCACCUCCAUUUGGUCUCGAGCCCAUCUCACUCAGUCCUCGCCUUUCCACACACCGUGGUUCACUGCCCGAGCCAACCACCCACUCUCCUAAGACAUCUGCACAUGAACAUCGGCCUUCUGUAUCAACGAUGGACGACACUGCAAUCACUUCCGAUGGUGAAUCCGACGUAGAAGAGCGAUAUACUACACCCCCACCCAUUGCAGCCGACAAGAUCAACCCAAGAACACCAGAGAUUCCUCCCACAGAUGGCUUGCGUCUGGAUCUAGACUCCGAGUCAGACGCAGAUCGACCCUCGGCUGCAGUGACCGGAUCACCAGAUUCACGUGCUAAACUUAGACGUAGUCUGCAGAGAACCCUUCGAGAAUCACAUAGUAGCCUGUCCCAUCGACGAGGAAGCCGAGGACAUAGAACCCGGGAUUCUGUUUCCACUGCCGUAAGCGACGAUACUCUUGAAAGUGAAGGGCUCGCUCGAAAGAAUGGUAGUUUCACUGUGCAUGGAAAGAAGGCAUCGGUUAUCCAAUUUGGUCCAGAUUGGCACAACACGCCAGCAGAGGAAAGACUCAAAAUACGGAAGCAGGCCCAAGAGGCCGCGAACGAUACAAGCUCUGCCGACGAAAGAGAUGAAAAUUUGAUAAACGACGGGACUGUCACAACUCCUUCUUUGCCUACGGUAUCAAGCCCUGGGGAUUCCGGUCCCUUGCUGCCAGCUUUCGAGACUCGUAGGCAACGCCAUGUUUCCUCUCAAACCAUUACACCGGAAUCUUACCAGCAAUCCCUGAAUCAUCUUGGUGAUGAUUCAGGGUCUGAUGUAGCUUCGGAGAUGAGCGAAAUUGCUGAAGAGUCUUUCAAGGAACCACCUGCUAAAGGACUCGAGUCUGCGCAAGCGCCGGCGAAUGGUUCAGAGAUUGAGCCAGCGGGCGAAACUACGCCAAAGUCGAAAAAUAUUCCCACCGCCUAA